GUUCAGCCCCGAGCGGCGCCGCACAUCCGAUCUCUCGCUCGCACCACGUGGUGGGGCGGCUGCGAGGAGGCGCGGGCAUGUUCGAAGCCCUGUGCUACAUUUUUAUUAGUUUGUAACCGUUCUUUGACUCAGCACCACAGCUUUAUCCUUGCGUGCUGUUUAUCAAUAACAUUUCGGUAAAUAAAGUCCAACAGAUGAGUGACGAGACGGUGAAGCUUUUUGAAGCUCAUGCGCGCUUUGGCGUCAUUCGGCUCGGGCAUGGCGAGCCGAAAGCUGAUUAAGGUUGCCGCGAUCAUCGCUUUCUUGUACUGCACCCUGUUGGUGUACCAGGGCGGUGUCUCUAACUACCAAGAACCUCGAGUGCAAGUGCAAGAACUGACUGUAGACCCAGUGACUAAAUCUAGUGUUAAUAACAGUGAUCCGACAAAAAAGAUAACGUUGGAUGAUUUGUUUAUAAGUGUUAAAACUACAAAAUAUUAUGAAAAUACAAGACUGCCAAUAAUAUUGAAGACAUGGUUUCAGUUGGCAAAAAACCAGACAUGGUUUUUCACCGACAGAGAUUAUCAACUUCAUCAAAUCCAAACAAAUGGCCACAUGGUGAACACCAAAUGCUCUCCAACUCACUCCAGAAAUGCACUUUGCUGCAAAAUGGCAGUAGAGUACGAUCGCUACUUAGAAAGUAAAAAAAAAUGGUUCUGCCACUUUGACGACGACAACUACGUAAACGUACCACGCCUAGUGGAAGUCCUCCAAAGAUACGACUACAGAGAGGAGUGGUACCUCGGCCGGACCUCGGUCUACAGGCCAGUGCUGAUCUACCAUAAGUCCAAGAGGAGCAAAAAAACGAAGGUUGAUCAUUCAAAAUUAAAAUAUUCGUUUUGGUUCGGCACGGGCGGUGCUGGAGUAUGCUUGAGCCGAAGUUUGGCUUUAAAAAUGUUACCUUUUGCGAGUGGUGGGCGGUUCAUCAGUUUUUGUGAUAACGUUCGGUUUCCUGACGACGUAUCGCUUGGAUAUCUUAUAGAAAACAUAAUGCAUAUAAAUCUGACGGUGGUACCCGAGUUUCACUCACAUUUGGAGCAAAUGAAGCUCUUGGACACAGAGAAGCUGAAGGAUCAAGUCUCCUUCGGCUACAGCUUGGUUAAAGACGAGUGGAACGUAGUCAACGUGCCGGGUUUCGACACGCGGUAUGAUCCUACUAGGUUCCUGUCUCUGCAUUGUUUCCUGUUCCCGCAUUUCAAGUUCUGUCCGAGAUAGCCAACGUGUUACACCUGUGUGGAAAGCUAGUUUAUCGAAUUUAUCUCUGGUUGCCUGAUAUAGAUUUAAAGUAUUUUUGUUUCCUUUGUGUUUCUUGAUUUUAACGUUUCCCAAAUAUUUAUUAAGAUUUAUUUAUUUUCUAAAAAUAUAUUAUUUUAUUAUCAGGAUAUUUAGAUUAAUUUUAGGGAUGAUACGUUUCUAAAUUUCAAUUAUUUUAAUAUUCAAAAUACAAAUUAAUUAUUUGUCCAACAUACAUUUACCGUAAAAUCUGGUAACUUUAGUCCACAACUUACAACUAUGGUCCAAAUUAAAGUUCCAGUAAAAUUUGUUUAAGUAUUUUUCAAAUUAUGUUGAGUAUAUAAUACCUAUAGAAAGAGCAUUAGUGUAUCUAAGCUCCAAAAUAAAUGUAACGAGUACACAUCAUAAAGGCUCGUUAAGAAUCAAUGUUAAAAACUGGAGCAUAGGUUGUACUUAAGGACUUUAGUUACCUACGUGAUUUUAGGGUAUCAUUUAUAUUUUAUUUUUUUAUAUUGUAUUUUUUAAUAUUUUGUUUAUAAUAACUACUUUGUUCAACUUGCAUUAAUAAGAAAAAAUCAACACAAUAAUUGAAAAUGCAAAAUUUGUAUUUAUCUAUGUUUUGUAACAAAAUGAAUCUAACUUGUACAAAAAUAUGAAGAGUUAUGAAAAUGCAAUUGACAAAACUAAUGUCACUGAAAAUCGCACAUUUCCAUUUUGUUAAUAAUCUUGUUUUCUUUUUGUUUAAUAGCUUUUAUUUUCAGACAUAAUUAUUUAACUGGUAAAAUAAUUUAUAAAAUGUAAUGUAAUAUAACUUGUUUCUCAUUUGUCUGUGAAACAUUAAUGUAAGUAGCUUAUCACUGAGCCAAUCACACUCAUCAAUAUUAUACGAAUAUAAUCUACCAUAGUUCUACUGCAAAACACAAUAAUAUUUGAAAACUCAUUAUAAACUUUUGGUCAUGUAAGAAGGUACAGAAUAAAAUGUACAUAGUUUCUGUGCCUAUUUGAGCGCGGCUGAAUUAUUUAUGUCGAAGACCUCGCUGUCAAAAAAACGAGAAGGUAUUUUUAAGUAUAUAAAUGUCACGAAUUCAAAACCUACAUGGGUGAUGUAAUAAAUGUUGUCUUUAAAAAAAGUCUGUGAUAUUAGCUGAUAAUUGUAAGUAGACGCAAAAUGUGCUAUUAAAAUGUUAUUUAAAAUCUCUUUCAAGUCAUGUUAUGAUAUUGUUUAUAAAAGAAUUAUUUGUUUAUAAAAUAAACAAUUUCAAAAUUACAAUA